UUCCCUCUCCGUCUACGGCGACAAGUAGUCUCGAGUAUUUCUUGAAACAGCCGUCAGGGGCGCUGUAGGUCAUAUUCAGCUAAGGCUCGAGUCAGAUAGUUGUGAAGCCGUGUGUCGUGCGGACGAUCGUUGGCUGCUCGUGUUUCCGUAUCGUUGCUCCGAUUCGUGUACUCUCUGUGUUUACCUGUGCUCGUUGAAAAUCGAAAAACAGAAGAUCAUUACUAGCUGUUCGAUGGAUAAACAGUGAGAUAUCGGUAACGGAUCCAAUCGUCUCUCGAGCAGUCCUGUGAUGAAGACGUUGGGCCACGAGAGGAGCCGAUCCCGUCUUUGUGACUCAGACCCUUUUACUUUUCUUCGUACCUCGUGUUUGCUCGACCAGUCCGAGUCGUUCCAACUUAAGUGCACCGAACGCAUCUGUUGAACGAGCGAAGUAGUAUUUCGUCGUAUUCCCCCGAUAGUCCCUGCAUUCUUUGGACCAUUUUCUCUGCGAUCGAUCGUGCAUGAUCGUGUAAUCCGCGAGAUGAUGAGAGAGGUCAGUGUAUCAGCAGGUGCAUACCUGGCAUACUUCUGGCCCGCUGGUAAUCUUGGAUUCCGCGAAACGAUGCUGGUAUAGAGGUCAGCAAGAAGCAACGGGGUUCACGGUUCAACGCCUCCCACUAUCUACAGUGUCGGUUGUACACGAAUGCUCUUGGUCGCGACUCUACUCUGCGCGUACUCGCUUCUGUCGAUACACGUGGUUCAGCGAGCAUCACGAUACCGCGUCUAUAUUUAGAGGAAUCCUUUGGCAGCGAGAAUUUCGCCAGGCCUCUCGAUCGUUGCCCUUCGAAAUCUCGCCAUCCCUGCGGCAGCGAGUAAAGUAGAUUUAAGGGAACUCCCGAUGCCGAGGAACAUACGCCGCGUUCAAGGAAACUUUCGUCGAUAUAAAACCGUGUUCCGAUAGGCGUUCGAAGAUUCCAAGCCGCGUUUAACAUUCCCGGCUCGUUAGAUAACGCGGAUGGAUCGGAUCGGAUCGGAUCGAACGAGCGGUGAAAGCGUAAAAAUCGUGAGAUGCUAGCGUGUGACAGCCGGAGACAUGUUGAACGCAGAGCAUCUCGAGGAAUCACCGAAACGAAGGUCCACCUUCUACGUAUCGUUGGAUGGCGAAUCGCGGCAACCGUCGAAGAUCCCGAAGACGAUCGGUCCCGAGCCCGAGAAAUUCGUCAGCAACACUUUCCCCAUCAGCACCUCGAAGACGGUGCCGAACGUGAUACUGACUCGUACUCUGAGCAACAACGAGUCACUGUCCAAUCCUAAGAGAACGGACGAUACUUUUGCCGAGCCUAGAGGCAAGGUACAGUCUCUGACGAAGAUCUUCGAGACGCCGAAGUGCGAUCAACCGUCGAACGGUUGCGAUCAGAGGAAGAAGGUCGAGAGAACCAGGUCGUUCAAGACUAUAGAAAGGUUCCAGAGUAGAUUCACCGGUAAGAAAGAUGCUAAUCGAAAGGAUAAUCGUUUGAACAACACCAUAGCCUGUUUCGAAGUGGAGGACGAGGAGUCGAAGAAGAAAAGCGAAGCUACCAAACGUACCGCGAAGAACCUUGAAUCGAAAUCGAAUUCUAACGGGGCCAAAAUUAGUACCAACGAGACUAGGAGCAAACAAAAUGGUAGCACUACGUUCACCAACUUGUUGAUACGUAGAACGCAUAGUACGAAGCUUGCUAGAAGUAGCAGUACUUUGGUGAAACCGACUGGUAGACACGCCUCGGUCGACAGUCCUAGCAGCGUCGCGACGCCGGCCAGAAACGAUAAUCACCGGUCUACGAACGAGAAAUCGAGGCAAGAAGAGACGCCAGAGCAUUCUGUCGUGGAUAACGACGAGGGAACGGAAUCGUCUGUGUUCGAGGAUCCUGAUGCUGAUGCGGAUGCUGGGAUACAUUCAGACACGUCCUACGAGAAGGCCUGUCGAAGGGGUAGCGCACCGGCCACCCCUGUCCUCGGAGCACGACCCUUGGACGUCACCCCCAACAGAAUCGUCAACUUCUUCUCGAAGAGGUCCUUCCGCUCGAAUCCUUUGAAGAGGACGAAGAGCGUGACGAAGCUCGAGCGACAGAAGCAACGUGGUGCGGGUCUUCGUGGUUGUCGUUCGCACGAGUCCUUACUCUGUGGACAGGCGGUGACCUCGAUGGACCUCGCUGCCGUGACACCAUUGCAUCCGAGCCUGCUCGGUAGACCUCACUGCUUCCAGGUGACACCCAGCACCGGUGGGCCCAAGUAUUUCAGUUGCAGGACCCCUCACGAACGGGACCAGUGGUUACACAGCUUAAGGAAAUCGGUACAACCGGACGCGGAGCAGACACGACGUACGGAUAAUUCGCUGCAGAUUUGGCUGCUCGAGGCUAAAGGCGUACCCGCGAAGAAGCGAUAUUUCUGCGAGGUCUGUCUAGACAGCACGUUGUACGCGCGAACCACCGCGAAGCUGAAGGCCGACCUUUGCUUCUGGGGUGAACACUUCGACUUCCAUCAUCUGCCCUCUGUCAACACUAUUCAAGUGAACCUGUACAGGGAGGCUGAUAGGAAGAAGAAGAGGGAUAAAAAUGUUCUGAUCGGUUCCGUCAGCAUACCGGUGCAAAACGUCACGUCUCGUUACCUAACCGAGAAAUGGUACCCGGUGGUUGGGGAUAAGGGUCCACUGAAGGAGCCUCCAGCGUUAAGGGUGAAAUGUCGCUUCCAAUCCGUAGACAUACUUCCGGUUCAGGUGUACCAGGAGUUUCUAGAGUACCUGAAGACGGACUACGCGUCUCUUUGCGAGAAAUUGGAGCCGGUGAUCGGCGUAAAAGCGAAAGAGGACAUCGCCACGGCCUUGGUCGCUGUGAUGCAACGCGAAAAGAAGGCGCCGCAGUUUCUCGCUGACUUGGUGAUGAUGGAUAUUCAUAGAAUAGACGACGAGAGGCUCACCUUUCGAGGAAAUUCCUUAGCCACGAAGGCGAUGGAGGCCUACCUGAAGUUGACGGGCGACAGGUACCUGCAGGAGACCUUGGGGGCGGUUGUGAGGGGUGCGGUCGAGGGUGGCGAUUGCGAGGUGGACCCACUGAAGGUCGCCUCGGUGGCAGCCCUUCACAAACAACAACAGAAUCUACGGAACGCGGUGGAACUUGCCUGGAGCAGGAUACUAUCCAGCCACGCUCACUUUCCUCUCGAAUUACGCGAGUGCUUCCGUAUAUUCCGCGAGCGACUGGCUGACAUGGGCCGAGAGGACAUUGCUGACAAUCUGAUAUCUGCGUCUAUAUUCCUGAGAUUCCUUUGUCCCGCCAUACUCAGCCCGUCUCUCUUCAACAUUACUCACGAAUAUCCGAACGAAAAGGCAGCAAGGAAUCUCACUCUCGUAGCGAAAACGCUCCAAACUCUCGCGAACUUCACGAGAUUCCAAGGAAAAGAGAACUUCAUGGAAUUUAUGAACGAUUUCCUAGAGCGCGAAGCUCCGUCCAUGAAGAAUUUCCUGCAGAUGAUCAGCAGCCCUCUGCCGAAAGAUGCUCCGGCCAACAAUUCCCUGGAAUUCGAUGGCUAUAUAGAUCUUGGAAAGCAAUUGUCUCUUCUUCACGCACUUUUGCGCGAAAGUUUAGUCACUAUAACUUCGUCUUCGCCAUCACUGCCUCCGUCAAGACUACCAGAGAUCCUCGAGAGGAUCUCCAUAGCUCUAGAUCAAUCGGGUCCAAGUCCAGUGUCGGGCUCGCAUCGUUAUCCUAAUCUUCAGAACAAUAUUUUCCGUUAUAACGAUCCAACGAUCGCGAACAGCAACACGAAUCUCUCGGUAUCGGCCACGUCGACCCUCAGCAAUCACAGUACUCUAAACGGUACCAUCAGGGAUAGUAACGAGGUGUUACAAUCGAACACCCUGGGACACAAUAGUUCUCGUAGCCCAAACGUCGCUAGAGCUGCCACACUUCCUCGCAACGCUUACAUGCCGAACAAUGGGAAGCUACAGCUUCAGAUAACCACCGACGACUACCCUCUGGAGCCUCCAGCUUUCGUCUCGCGUUCACCUACGCCGAUAGCGCGACAACACAGGGCGAUCGGAUCGAACAGGCCGGUUGCUGGAUACAGAUUAACAGCCAGUGCUAGUCUAGCGAACGUGAAUCACUGCCAGGCACAUCCCACCAGCCCGACCAGAUCGGAAAGUCACAAUAACCUGAAGGACUCCAACUACAACAUCACGGUCCCUCAGAAUAAUCAGUCGAACAACUGUCCGGUUCUAACCCAGCACCAACAGCAGCAACAAAAUCACAGACACAACAUGGCUCGACUGCAGAACCUGGACAUACACGACAGGGAGGACAAUUACAAUCACAACAACUACAACGUCUCGAGAUCAGCUAGCAGGAAUCAUUGUAACAAGGAGGAGAACGCGAAUCAGACCCAGCAUCAGAAUUACAACAACGUCUCGAAGACGACGGUGAACGCGAACGUGGUGGUUAAUCCAUCGCCGAAUCUCACGCUGUCCAUCAAUCAUCAGCCCAACAACAACUACAACAACAGCAAGACGAAUAACACGACCGCCAACGGUAACCUCGACGAGCUGUCCGACCUGUUGAGGUACGCGGACGACGAAGUGUCCGAGUCUAAAUCCCAGAAGGGAUCGCAGAUAUCCAUCUCUCAGCUAAGUAACGUUGCCUCGUCCGGUUAUCAAAGUUUCGCCGCUUAUAGCCAGAGCUCCAGCCCGGUGGAUCUGAGCAGCAACAACGCGAACCCGCACAUACUGAACGCAGCACCCUUGGCGUUCGCCAAUCCCGUUUAUCACAUGGAAUCGAACCAUGGGAGAAACGGGAGGAGAGGUAGCAGUAGCUCGGAGGAGAGAGACGGCAGCGGUGGCGGUGUCGAGGGUGUCAGGGGUGUCGAUCUGAGCCCCUCGCCUCCGCCGCAGAACAACGUAAGGAAUCUGCAGAGGAACAACCAUAAUCAAUGGAGGCAGAACAAUCAGGCGCAUAGGAAUAACACGGAACAGAACCAGAACGUCUGCUGCACCAAGCUGAGGAGAAGAUUGUCCCUGGACUCGACCAGGGAUUUGUCCGAUACCAGCGAAGAGGAAAGCUGCAACACAAGGAGGAGCAAGUCCAGAAGUCAUCGAAGCAUCGAUCAGUACGAAGUGGAAAUCGAGAGGCUGCAGAGUAGCGUAGAUCGACUGAGGGCCCGGUUAGGCGCCACUGAGGAUACCGAUAUAGACGGCGUUGCACCGGAUACCAAGAUGAAGAGCAUCAUUUCCAGGUUAAUCUCUGUGGAGGAGGAGCUACGACGAGAGCAGCAGAAGAUGUCCGCUGCGUUGUCGUACAAGCAGCGCGUGAUCGACGCGCAGGAGCAGCAAAUAGCCGCUUUGGACGCGGCCAACUCGCGUCUGAUGACGUCCAACACAAGACUGUUGUCCGCGUUGAGCACCCUGAAGCAACGCUACAACGCGAAGAGCCAGUCGAGCAGUGAGGCAGCCGCGUUGUUGCAGAACAUCGCCGACAUAGGCGAGCUGAAGAGUUCGUCCUGUUAAAGAGACCGCGGACCUCGAGCAGCCACCUGUCUCGCAUUUCAAAGAUACUUGCGAAGGAUCCCCGAGUCUCGCAACUGGACUCGAUCCGGACAAGAUUUCACUAGGAGGAACGUGUUCCCUUGAACGAGAAGCAGAUCGAGAUCAUCCUCUGCUCGUCAAGGAACGUAGAUCGUUCUACGGUAGACGCAAUCCGUAUCUCGGUCGGGCGGGAUACGAUUGAAUUAUAAAGAGAAACCGAGUGAAAGAGAGAGAGAGAGCGCGAGUGAAAGGCGUGCGAAAAUAGAGGCUACUUAGUGAAUAGGCAAACGGUUUAAGUAGAUGAUUUAAUGUGACACCAUAGCGUUAGGAUUAUUUCUACCGUUCGUAUUCGAGGUCUCGCGUCGUUCACGAUCGAAGCAAACUCUCUGUCGAGGGUGCCGGCUUGUUUUGAUUGCGAACACGAUGGUUUAGAGAUUUCUUCAGGCAGCUUUCCUUCGUUCGACGAGAACGAGACGGAAAGUCGAGGUCCUAGGAAGAUGGAAGAAGGGAUCGAUGCUUACUUUCUUAUGGAUUUGGGAGGAUGAAAGGGUGAACGACGUCUUAUUUCGUUUGUUCUGUUAUUCAGCGUUGCGUAUGCACACUUGUGUGUAAUUUAGGCUUCUUUUAAUUGGGGAUGGUGGGAAUGAUUAGGCUCUCCCCAAGCUCGGUUCUUAUGUUUAUCUUCAGUUAGAAGAAGUCUACAUUCCACUGGAGUGUAACGUAUGGCACAGUUUAUAUCUUAGUAUCUAGCAAGGUGUUGAAAAGUUACGCUGUCGGUCAUAAUUUUCAGAUCACUUAGUUCACGAAUUGCAAAACCCGGUCAGUCGUAAUCCAGACAUUUUGAAUUAAAAUAAUAAAAUUGUCCUGUUAUUAAAUACAAACUUCCGGAAUUGUAUACUUAAUAUAAUUAGUGCUCGUUUCUCAAGAGCUUAGAAAAUAUAUAUAGGCAAUCUAAAGUGAAAUAAAAUCCUAUGUCCUUUUUAAUUAAUUUAAUUGAAUAAAAAUGUAAUUUUAAAAAGUGAUCUUUAAAUUUUGACUGGUAGCGUAUAUUACAUGAUAAGUCUGAGGUUCUGUCACAAUAUUUAAAGAUAUGUUUUAUACAUUGGAAAGGUGUUAACGAAACUUAAAACUAUUUUGAAUCUCGUAUUUUUAAAAUUAAUAUGAUCGAUGAUUUGAUAAUGCAGAAACAAUUUAUGAAGAAUAAUUAUAAAAUACAUACAGCGCCUCUAAGUAUGUAUUAUUUAAAUAACAAAAUACUCUUUGAGGUAACAGGCUAUAAAUUAAGAAAUAAUUUCUUAAUGUUCUUGACAAAAAUAAAUCAAUUGGACUGCGGAUGUUCAUGCUGUGUAAAAUAUAUCUUAAACGUGUGUUAAAUACAGUAAAGUAUAAUGAAAUGUUUAGCAGGUACGAAAUGUAUGAAAUUUGCAAAAUAAAAUAAUACUCUUCAGCACCUUACGUGGAAGAAAAUAUAUGUAGAUUUGCAUAAAUAUCCGCAGUCUAAAGAUAACGUUCGCUAGAUCCGCAGCAUUCAUUUUAAAAGUGUUUCAUUCUCAAAGGGUAAAAUCCGUCGAAUCUCAAAAAUAAAUGAUCUUAGAAUCACAAUAUUAAUUUACAGAAAAUUAUGACAGAAUCUCAUAGGAACUCUGUCAAUGGUAUCGUCAUCCACAGACGAAUAAGCAACAUCCUCGAGCACCGAGUCGUACUUCAUGACCUUGUACAUGCGUGUAUAUUUUUCUAGUUUACAUGUUAAAUCGUUGUAUUCGAGAGCCGUUCGUUUACUCGCGCGAGAAAGCUUCCAUCGAUGCGGUUUCAAAGAAAGAUCGAGCUCGCAUUAGGAAGUGAACGUGCCUCCUUUGGGAAGCUUCGAUUCGAGCACCGAUUCUUAUUCUAAGCGACAAUAUUUAUUUCGUAGUUUCUACCAAAGAUGAAGAGGUUUUCGUUGUAAAAAGAGAGAUUUCUGUGUAAGAUAGUUUCGUUAUCGUAUCUGCGAUGAUCGGAGGAAGAAGGAUCGAUUUCUCAUUAAGAAAUCGAUGGUACUUCUUCUCUUCGAAUUUACGUUUUUCGUAUUUCAAACGUUGCACACAACGACGCGCGUCGGCAAUUAGACAUUCGUUUGUUCGCAAUCGUUUUCGUGUAUUAUGGUUUUACAUCACAGAGAAAACAAUGAUAUGUUAUCGUAGCCAUUGUGUAGUGAGAUGCACCCAUGUAAAAUCGUGAAUGAAAGAGAGUGUGUGUGGUGUGUGUGUGUGUGUGAAAAGAAAAACGCAUGCGAGAAGAAGAACACAAUUCAGGCUAAUCUUAUUAAGGAAACAAAAAAAAAAUAAGAAAAGUAUUAUCUCGUCGACUUGUAUCAUAGUUCAUUAUCGAACGUGAGAGCGUUUUUAUUUUCUCGCCUUCCGUCGAUUAUUUUUGUAUAGAAAUAUCUAUCGUCACUGUGUUACUUUUGUCCCUCCCUAUCAAAAUAUUCCCUGUUCUUGUAAUCCUCGGUUUUGUACUUUCUGUAACGCAAUCUUUUGUAGAGACAUCGAUCUGUUUUCACAAACUAUUUUCAAUUGUCUAUCGUUCAAAUCACGAAAUUAAUAUAUAUUUAACGGUACAUUAUCAUCAUCAUCAUCAUUAUCCUAUUCCUCACUCCUUGUUGGACGAUAUAAUCGAUGAUAAUCUACAUAUUUAAAAGUGACUCGAAUAGCGUGUACAUUGCUAAGUGUUUUGGUAUAUUCGUUUCUGCAAUACAUCAUCUGUAUUUAAGCGUAUAGCAUCUAUUAGUAACAGUACAUGAGCAAAUAAAUAUGAUUAGACAUAU